AUGCAACGCCAGACCUCCCAGCGCAGUUCCCAGCGCCAACAACAACAACAACAACCCACACACCUAAGCCAGGCCGGUGCGAUCGCAAGCAAACCGCCGCCACGGCCGGCCGCGUCGGAUGCGCACGGGGUGCCGAUCCAGCCUCUGCGGUUCGGGCAGCAUCUCUCUGGCCCUGAUGGGCGCGUGGUAGGCGCUGCUUUACCGCCGCUGCCGGCGCGCCAGCAGCAUGUUAAUGCGAAGAGUACCCGGAAUGGUGGGCUACCAGCUGCGGCUUCUGGGCCGAAACUUGUGGAUGCAUCUGAUGAAUUUGAGCCGUGGCCGGAAUUCGCAUCUAAUUCAGCGCCUGCUGCAUCGUCUACUGCUAGCCCCUCUCGCGGUAGUCAUCAUCCUCCACAACCGCAGCGGGCACGUCUCCCCCCGCCGGAGAUCCUCCUCUCUCUAUUCCAAUCCAACCUCUUCCCGCUCCCGAUGCCUCUCUUCCAAUCCCUAGUCCCUCUCGCGUUCCCCCUCAAACGGCGCGUGAUUUCCGACCCCAAAGUCAAGUCAUUUUUCGAAGCCUUCAUUCUCGCGAUCGAAGUCGCGAUCCGGAUCUGCGCCGGCCGCAAGCGCCGCGACGGCCGGUUCGAGGCCGAUAAGGAAGCGCGGGAGACGGCGCGGCAGUGGCGCGCGCUGCGGGAGCGCGUUGCCGGCGUGGGAUUGCGGGAUUUGCCGAAUUUGGACGCGUCGUUUACGUUGCGGGCGUACGCGGGCGAGCCGGCAGAGCUGUGUAUUGUGUGUGGAGUGGCGAGGCAUGAGCAGGUUAGAGGGUGUACGAAGGAGGUGGUGUGGGAUUUUGAGAACGGGGGGCAUUCUACUUGUAUUAGGUGGUGGGCUCAUGAAAAGGCAUUGAUGGAGUCAUGA